UGUGAAAUGCAAAAAGUCAAACAACAACGAAUAAUCCAGAGAUUUUUCGCGGACACCCAAUUUGUCACCGAAAAUCUUGAAGCAAAGUUGCUCAAUGUCAAACUCAACGCAUACGGGUCAAGCCACGAACCCGAUAUGCCGAGCCGACCCGCAUAGUUCCGACCAGCCUGACCUAGCUGAAGAUCCACUUCUUCGAAACGGCUCAUUUAUCGAUGCGACCACAAUCAAACCAAACAUAGACAACAAUGUUAGUAAUAACAAUAACAAUAAUAAUUAUCAACAACAAGAAGCGAAUGUUGGUGUGGAACAGUCUGAAGCGACGCCGCUGAAGUCGAGGAGGAAAGUACCUGUGACUAUGGCGCCUGCUCCAUCUGCUGACUCUGCGAAUUGGUUACCGCCGGGUUGGUUGGUUGAAGAUAGGGUUAGGGCCUCCGGUGCUACAGCUGGCACUGUCGAUAAGUAUUACAUCGAACCUGUAACAGGUCGUAGAUUCAGGUCCAAGAAAGAGGUGCAGUAUUUUCUGGAAACAGGAACUAAAAAGAAGACAAAAAGAGGAAUGGAGAAUUCUGAGGGAGAUGUAAAUUUUACAGAGAGUCCCGGGAGUCAAAAAUCCAAGAAGGCCAGUAAGAAUGCAAAGGUCCAAAAAAGGAACUUUGAUUAUUUGAAUGUGCCUGAUAGGAUUGAAUGGGCUCUUAUAGAUGCAAAUCAAGAUGCCUGGACUCCCUUCCUUGGAGGUCAAAAGGUGGCUGAAUAUGACAGGCAAAACUGGGACUUUGAGAUGCUGCAUUUGCAUCAUUAAUGUCCAGGAGUGGUGACACACUGUUUUGAAGGUUUUUGGAAUCCUGCCAGCUGAAUCAUCAAUAGUUGUUGCAAACAGGCCAAUAACAGGUGUCCCUUUUUCCUUUCCUCACUCUUUCUCACUUGCAUUUUCCAAAUUACAUCUCUAUCCUCACAAAAUUUUUAUUUGUACACUAUUCCGUGUGACAACUGAUUAGUGUUCUACCUUUUUUGAUCACUAGAUUUUGGGUAUAGGAUCAGUAUUACAUUUAUCUAGCUUUCAGUUAACUUUAUGUUUGAUCUAGGAGCAAAUUUUUGACGGGGCAUCCUUCCAGCUUCAAUGUAGACUGAAGAGCCUUGACAUUUUGUAAUAUCAUCUUUGGAAUACACCUUAGGUACCUGCUGUUAGGUAGUUUAUAUAUAGCAAACUUUGCUAUUUUGCCA